UAUAACAUUAAACGUAAGAGCAAUGGCCCAAUAGUUCCUCCCUGAAAAAUCUAUUCUGAUCUGCAAAUAAUAUAAACGAUUUCCAAUUGACAACCUGAAUGUGUGUUUUUUUGCAGGUACCUUUAUUCAAGCGUUUAUUUUCUCACCUGAUCAAUGCAUUAAUCAAUCUUAAAGUGUUCGUCUCAGGGAAAAAGUAACAUUUUAGACAAGGAAGUUGACGAGAAUACGUCUAUUUUAUUUAAUAUAGGAAAGCCUUAAACACAUUAGACGUGCUGAUGGCUUGAGUUAAAGCAUCAGAUGAAUCAGAUUACCUAGAGCUGUAUCUUUUACAAUUAUAAUACAAUACAGCAAAGGAGUAAACAUAACACUAUGGGUAACAAGAAUGCAAAGCCAAAGGGCCAAUACCUGCUUGAACUUCAUAAGAAAGUUCCAAACAUGAACAUGGAUGAGAUUCUUCAAGUAUUUGAGGACUUUCAACGCCAGUCACGAGGACGAGGGAGGCUGAGUAAGUCAGACUUUGUGAAGGUUUACAAGCAAGCCUUCGAAGGCAAAAACGGUGUGAAAGCCCUUGCUGAAAAUAUAUUUACCGCGUUCGACACAGACAAUAGUGGCUAUGUGGAUUUUGAGGAGUUCCUCGUUGGUUUAAGCAUCACCGAAGCUAGUUUAGCAGACGUGGACAAGGAAUCCAAGCUUAAGAGACUGAAAUGGGCAUUCAAUGUGUACGAUAAAGACAAGAGUGGCACCAUCGACAGGAAUGAGAUGAGAGCGAUUGUUAGGGCGGUAGCAGACGUUGUACCAGACAAUAGUUUUCUGCAAGGCCUUUCACCACAAAAGUAUUCGGACCGCUUGUUUGCCGAGGUGGACGCGAACGGUGACGGUGACAUUACGUUUGAAGAGUUUCGAAAGGCAGUCAAGCAGAAUGAGACGCUUUUUGACCUACUACUUCCGUCUCCGACCUAAGUAUUGGAUAUAGUUUUUUGUUUAAUUUUGUGACGCUGUAUGGAUGUUCUGUGAAUAAAUGAGGUACGGUUUAUUUAGAAAGGGAAAUAAGAUAUGGAAUUUAUAUUACGUUAAAUAGAACCAAUCCUUUAGUACGGCAUUUUUAUAACGGCAGAACAGGGACUUGCAAAACAUGGCCGUGUGUUUUGUUGAGUACUUGAGGUUAUCUAUUUAUUUUGGCAUACUGUAACUGAUCAUGUUUGCUUCUCCCUGUAACCGUCUGUACUAUGUUGUCGAGGUUAAGGCUCAAUGAGUGGCUUUCGUAUAUUUAAAAUGUCAUUGUAACUCCGCAUGCUUUUUAAUGAUAAACUGAUUAUUGAAUAUACGGAUACAAAGAAAUCCUUCUCUUAUGUGAUUCUAAAUAGGCAACACAGCUCAUGUCAAAUAGGAAUAUUUAAAUCCGCAAAGUAGUCCAGUCAUAUUUGUCAAUUACAACGAAAACAAAUAUGGAAACUGAAGACGCAUGCAGUCAUUAUAUUGAUUAGAUAUUAACGGACAUAUUGUUUUUGUUUUGUUUUCAAUAUUGUUUCAUACUAUGUUAUGUUUUGCAUGAUUUGUUUUAGAAAACAGGUUGUGUUUUUGCGUGUGUCUUGUUUAUGUUUUUUUUUUGUUAUAUGUGACGUCAUCUGUGAAAAUGAGCCAUGUUGAUGGAUUUACCAAUUGUAAGAAAAUAACCAUGCGACAGAAACAAACUAAUCUUAAAGUAUUGAAUAAACUUAAAUUAGAGAUUGUUUACAAAAUAGGUUCAAACAAGAUUUGGAUUGCCUGCUUAAAAGACUCGAUUUAUCGCAAAAAAACCCCGAAAGGGUAGUUUUUUCUAUACUGGAUUCAUUUUCGCUGACGAUAUCACAUAUAUAUCGACUAUAAAUGUUAUUUAUUUUAUUGUGUAUAGUAAUUAAGUUGACGAUAUUCCAUAGUUUAUGCUUGUACAUUAAAAUAAACAGU